GCGUCAUUGGCGCAGCAUUAUGACGUUGCUUCAAGUCGCGUCCGCUAACUUCACGUUAAGUUACUCGUGUAUGUGCGUAUUUUUAUUAGUUUUAUCUUUAAAAUUAAACUCCUCUAUGGGGUCAUUGUUCUGCGGGGCGCAGCCUCCUACAGGUACUGGUGUGAGUGAUUGUUGCUGUGAUGUCUCCAAUUAUGGCUCAGAUUACUGAUCCAAAGAUCGCCUUUGCCUACCUGCGUCCCGCCUGCGUCCUGCUCACGCGAGAGCCCACUGUGAGCAACGUAGAGACACUUAGUGCCCAGCUGAGGGAGGUCAAUGAUGCCACAUUGCAGCAGCUCCAGGAGUAUGUGCUCUUUCCACUACGAUUUGUCCUUAAAGUUCCUGGACCCAAGAAGGAGAAAAUGGUCCAGGCUGUGGCUGAGGCCUUGCGACACAUCUUGCAGACCACUUGUAUUCAGUCCUGGGAGACACUCCGUGACCUUCUCACUGAGCUCUGCCUCUGCCUCUGCUCUCCAACCGAUCCUGGAAAACCUGCAGAAACAUCUGAAGAGCUGAAACUUGCUCUGCUGAAGUGUCUGGAUGCCCUGUUACACGCUGCUUAUGGUGAUAUAGUCUUCAAGCUUUUUGAGCCCAUCAUGCUGCCUGGACUGGGAACUGCCAUUUCACUGCUCCUGGCUUUAGGAGAAAUUGAAAAGUCUCGAGAAAUACAGGCAACAGCCUUGAAGUGCCUCCAGGCUCUGACUUUGCAGUGUGAUUGCACUGAGGUGCACGUGGUGCUAUCUUUGGAGGAUCGAUGUGCUAUGGGCAGUACUAUGGCGUCAUUCUUACCCGGAAUCACUACAGUUGUGACCAGGAUCAUUACUGGAGAUCUGAGACAAGGCCAUAUGGUCAUAGUCACAGCCAUCAAGGUAUGGUCCAGGACUGUGGGACUUGUUAUGGAAGACAGCCAACUUCAGGCAAAGGAGCCCUACAAGAGCCCCUCGCCAGACCUGGGGAAGAUUGCACAGCUGAUGGUCCGUCGCACACAAGACUGGGUGAAGAGUACAGCAGGAAAACUGGCUGUGCUGCUGAACAAGAUCAUCUCCUGCACUUCUGCCCAUCAGCACUGGAGGGUUCGGCUAGAGAUGGUGGAGCUGGCUGACCACCUGCUGGCCAGGUGUAGCCAGUCACUGGGACAGUGUGUGGGCCCACUGCUGGAAUCACUGGUGGCAGCAGUCAACGAUGAGGAACCAAGAGUCAGAGAGAGAUGUGCGGUUGCUCUCCAUUCAGUGUCACAAAUGAAUCAGAGCAGCGGCUGCAGUAAUAAUCCUACGGAAGGCAGCAUCAGUCAGACAUUCACUGACGUGCUUUCAGAGAAUCUCCACUCUUUGGCCACAUCCCUGCCCAGGCUCAUGAGGACAUCUGCUGACCAGAAGAAGCUGUUUGUCCUGAAUGUGUUUCUGGGCUACUUAAAACUCCUGGGAUCACGUGUUUCUGUGGUUCUGAACUCAUCUGCACAUCUGGAGAGGAUUUCUAAAGCCUUGAUGCAGGUGCUGGAGCUUGAUCUGAUGGAUGUUCGCAUUGUAGAAGAAAGAAGUUACUCUUCAACAAUAGAAGCUGGCUCAUCCUCUCAUGACGUCUCCACUGCUCACAUGCAGAGGAAACAUUUCCUCUAUUUUACUGAUGACAAAAUCUUCUCUGUGCUCAUGGAGAUUUGUCGAACAUUAGGUUACUAUGGCAGUAUUUACCUGCUGACUGAUCACUUUCUGGAUCUGUACCGCCAGUCGUCUGCAUACAGAAAGCAGGCUGCCAUGGUGCUCAAUGAGAUUGUCAGAGGUGCUGCAGGCAUCGAUUUGGCAACACAGGAUCAAGGCUUGGAGGGUGAAGCUUGGGGAUGCUCUGUGACCAAGGAAGACCUUAAAGCAUCCAUAGUGUCUGUCAUGGAAGAAUACACCAGUCUGAACAACUGGCAUUUAAUGACUGUCAGUGAGGAAACUGAUUGGGACCGGCAGGACCAGCAGCUGCUCAGCCCACCAAGGCUCUUCUCCCUAACCAACAGCGACGUCAGCAGCACUAAUGCAAACUUCCUCCAAGUGGCUCCUUCUUCAUUUGACUCCCUGUCCGCCGCAUCAACGGCCUCCACCGUCCACCAGCUCAACAGUAACAUCUGGCAGCUGUGCAUCCAACUUGAGGGCAUCGCCUGCUUCGCGCAGGCCUUGGGGCGUGACUUUUGUCCACUCUUGAUGACAUCUCUGUACGCUGUUCUGGAGAAAGCUGGGGAGGAGACUCUGCUAGUCAGCCAGUCAGCACUGGGCUCUAUGUGGGAGAUCAGUAAAGCUUGUGGCUACAGCUCCCUGAAGGAGCUGAUUAAUGAGAAUUCGGACUACUUGCUCAAUGACAUCUCCCUCAAUUUGCAGAGGCUCAGCCAGCAUCCACAGGCUCCACAGGUAUUGACAGUGAUGUUGAUGCACUCUGACCGUAGCCUGCUGCCCCUGGUCGGGGACGUUGUUCAGGACAUACUGAUGGCUCUGGACAUCAGCUACAUCCACACAGCUGCCCUUUUCUGCUCUGUGCUCCACACACUUAUGAAGGCACUGGCGAGGUGGUUUCCCUCAUCCUGUAGUAGGUCCAGUGAGAGAAUCAAAUCCAAGCAGCCCUCAAUUGACCUGGAAAACCUCAACAUCUCUGAAUUCCUGCGGAAUUACUGUAAACAGAAAGAGCUGGCAGAGGGCAUCGGAAUAGAGGAGAACGACACAGACGACCUUGAGGUUCCUCCUCCCUCUGAGUGCGAGGAUAUUGAUGAUAUUGGUGGUCCUGAUGUAAAAGAAGAGCUUCCCUUCCACCUCAGCAUCACUAAAGAUGUUAUGGAGCGUUGCAUUCACCUACUGUCCAACCCCAGCCUCAGGCUCCGACUCAAGGUGCUGGAUGUGCUGGAGCUGUGCGUGUGCGUCCUGAGUGAGAAGGAAAAUGAACUUCUCCCUAUGGCCCAUCGCUGCUGGCCUGCUCUCCUACAGAGGCUCACAGCUGAUGACCCCUUAGCUGUGCUCAGAUCGUUUAAGGUGCUGUGUACACUGGGUGAAACAUGCGGUGACUUCCUGAGGAGAAGAGUUUCUAAAGAGGUUCUUCCUAAACUGAGCUUGUCGCUGGCUCGACAGGCUCCGGUCAGUGCCAAGGCUGGACCCGUUUACUCACAUACCCUGGCCUACAAGCUGCAGCUGGCUGUACUGCAGGGCCUGGGCUCACUGUGCCAGAGACUGGAGCUGGGUGAAGAGGAUCUGGAUGCUGUUUGUGAAGCCUGUCUGCCCUACCUGAGCUGCAGACAACCCAUCAAACUGCAAGAAGCAUGUCUAAGUGUUUUCCGACACCUAAUCCAGGUGGAUCCAGACGCCUUUUGGUUUACUCUCAAUGAGCUGCACUGCCCGUCCCCCUACAUCCCACCCCACCCCGACCUCCUGCCUGUACAUCUGAAUGGGAUGGGCAAGCCAAGAGACGAAUACUCGGAUAACGUGCUGAAACUGCUGAGGGAAGAGUUCAGUUCAGUCCAGCCGUCCGGCAGCUAAUGGGCAGGUGAUGAAUUGCUUUAGUGGAUUGCUGAUUGAAGCACUGGUUCUCAACUGUGGGGAAAGGACAGCCUUCACAUGCCGAAGGUGACGAGCUUUAUGCUUCACUCUUAAAGGAAACACUUUUGUUCCCCACUAUCUUGCUUUGAAUCAUUCAUUAUCACACUUCAGAAUAGUUCUGACACAUGCAACCUUUAUAUGGAAUGACAUGUGAAAAAGAUUUUUUUCCAGCGUGUCAAAGUGAUCACAAAACACUCCCACCAUUUAGAAUGUGUCAUGCUGCCGUCAAAAUGGGCACCAAGGUUUGAUUAUGGACCUUGAAUCUUGAUUGAUAUGGACAGAAAACAUGUCCACAGAGCUGAGCAUCUGACAUAGAGUUCUUUAAUAGAUGCUUAUAAAGCGGCAGCAUUUAGGAAGUUUGGCUUCUUUUGUUAAUGUCUACACUCUUAGUCUUAUAGAGAUACAUAUUAUUUUGAAGUAAUAAAACAUAAGUUAUUAUUUCUGUAUGUAGUAUCCGUAAAUGUUAAACUGUUCUGCAAAUGUUUUUACAGACAACUCUGUUUGAUAAACCAAUGACAAAUUAAUAAAACAGACGUCCAUUUUGUUCAAAAGAAUCUUUGUUAAAUCAUCUACACAGAAAUGUAGCCUCAUGACAGGGAAACUGACCGUUUUGUCAUUGUACCCGUUAGCGCUCAGAGCCCUGAAAGGUUCAAAAGAUGUUUAAAUGAAGGACACAGGAAGCCCCCUCCGUUAUCGUGUUAGCCCACUGAUGGGAGGACCUCGUUCCUCCCCACCUCAUUGCUCCGUAAUGAAUGUAUGAGCCUUCUAGCAUGAGGAAACACGCUACAGCAAGCGCGGAGCAGUGCCUCUUUAUCUCAUCCGGUGCUGUUGCUAUUUAUCCUGCUGCCAGUGCUGACAAUAGCACCAUUAGUCAUCAGCAGCAAUGGGGGGGGGGCUUUGGCAGCACCCAUUACGCACAGGCAACCAU